AUGUUCUCGCUUCGAACUGUCGUCGCCGGUGCGACUCUUGCCUUGGCCGGCAUCGCUCAGGCCUGGCACACUGAGUACCCACCUUGUCUCGAUCCUUUCCAGCCAUAUGUCGCGGCUGGAUGUUACCAGGACGGUGUUGCUGGAGGCAGUGGCAGUGCGCUCAUCUACCGCUCUGGUCAGAACCAGUACAACAUGACUGUUGAGAAGUGUGUCGCUGAGUGCAAGGGCAACGGCUUCCGCUAUGCUGGUCUCAAGUACUACGGCGUCUGCUACUGCGGUUCAACCGUCGGCGGUGCCCAGCUCGAUGACAGCCAGUGCAGUUACCAAUGCACUGGUGAUAAGACUCAAACAUGUGGCAGUGACAACGCUCUCUCUAUCUGGCAGGAUCCUACCUUCAAGACCACUGAUCUUGGUGGUGUCGUCACCAACCUUCCCGGAGUCAUCAAGUCCAUUGCCGGUUACAAGCCUAGUGGCUGCUACACUGACAACUCCUCCAAGGGCCGUGCUCUGACCUGGCCUAUGGAUGUUGAUGGUUCCAAGAUGACUCCCUCGACCUGCUUGAACGCCUGUGCUGACCAGGGUUUCCCUCUCGCUGGUCUCGAGUACGGUGGCGAAUGCUACUGUGGUAACGUUCUGGCCAACGACACUGUCAAGGCUAAUGUUGACGACUGUAACGUCCCUUGCAACGGAGACAAGACCCUGCUUUGUGGUGGACCCAGCCGUCUGAGUGUCUACAUCUCUAACGAUUUGCUAUCUCUCCAGCCUUGUGGUUGGACUCCAUCUGGUUCUUCCUCCUCCUCUCUGUCCUCGACCUCGACCUCGACCACUUCUGCUUCUACUUCUACUUCGAGCACUUCCACUUCCACCUCAAGCGUCUCGUCUGUGUCUUCUGUCAGCUCUUCCAGCUCCAGCUCGACUACAACCUUGAGCACCAUUGUCAGCUCUACCACAAACAACGGCCCCAACCCUCCUCCCUCGAGCACCAACAGUGGUCCCAACCCUCCUCCUUCCAGCACCACUAACAACGGUCCUAACCCUCCUCCUUCCAGCACCACUAACAACGGUCCUAACCCUCCUCCCUCGAGCACCAACAGUGGUCCCAACCCUCCUCCUUCCAGCACCACUAACAACGGUCCUAACCCUCCUCCUUCCAGCACCACCACCAACAAUGGUCCCAACCCUCCUCCUGGAGCUACCACCACUACCUCUUGCACCACCACUAUCGGCCCGGCUAUGUGCACUUCUACUGUUGUCGUUCCUAACACCUGCGAGUACAAGUGCGGUAACUGGUGUGCUCCCUCUGUUCCCGACUUCCAGGACCAGAACAGCUGCCUGACUGCUUACAACAACUGUGCUAAGAACAUUGCUUCUUGCUUCCAGAACGCUGGCUGGCCUGGAGUUCUCAACUGUUUCGAUUUCUCCAAGUGGUGUGAUGGUCUUCAGGGUUACUGUGCCUCCACUUGCUCUCGUGGUCGCAACUGUAACAAGGCUGGCUGCUUCAACAACAACGCUCCCUCCGGUGGAAACAAUGUCAAGACCACCACCAGUGUUUACCCUUGUGCUGCCACUAGCACUUCCACCACUGCUUCUUCUGCCUCCACCUCGUGCGCUCCUCAGCCCACCAACAUUUGCUCGCAGCCCAGCUCCCGCAUCUGGGGUUACGGCCCUGGUAACCCCGUUGGCGGUAUUGAGCUUCCUCUUGUUGCCUGCAACGACUUGAAAAGCGACUUCUCGCAGAACCCCUUCAAGCUGUACACGGAUAUCAACUCCAACUCUUGCUCUUCUUACCGUCGCAACCAGCAGUCCAGCGCCUGCGCCGACGCCUGCAAGACCCAGUACACUGCUUGUCUCAACACCUAUGUCCAGAGCUGCAAGAAGCUCAACACUCGCAGCGAAGGCAGCAACUACUUCGACAAGCGCUCUCACUCUCACUUCCACAAGCGUGCCCUUGAGAAGUCUGGCAUUGAGCCCCGAUGGUUCAACUUGUUCGGCAACGAUCAGUGGCAGACUGCUCAGACCAAGUGUGGCAUCCAGUACACCGACUGUCUCGCUGAGAACAGAAAUGUCUACUUCAGCAACCGUUGCCAAAACUUUGGCACUGGUAUCUAA